AUGUUCCCUCCAUUCGAUUAUUUCUCCUACCGUCGAGUACGGAACCAGAAACAACAGGAACGAACCGCCCGGUUCGCCCUGCUGCCGUUCGACUACCAUAUCCAUAUCACCGCCUCUGACAAGGAGAUCAUCAACAAGCCCAUCCAGGACCUUGUUCAGGGAAUCCAAAGCUCGGCUCUUUCACCCGUCGAUGUUCUCCGCAUCUACGGCAAGGUCGCCGUUCAGGCCCAGAAGCGGACCAACUGCAUCACCGAGAUCCUUCUGCCCGAAGCAGAGUCGUGGGCCAAGUCUGAGGUCAAUCUCAAGGGUCCUUUGGCCGGCAUUCCCAUUUCACUGAAGGAUUCCGUUCAAGUCAAGGGCUUUGAUACAACGUUGGGUUAUUCUGCUUUGGCGGGCAACCCGGCUACCGAAGAUGGCCCGAUGACCAAGCUCCUCAAAGAUGCAGGUGCUGUGCCGUACGCAAAGACUGCUUUGCCCAUCACCUUGCUGUCUUUCGAAUCUGCCAAUGGGCUGUGGGGUCCCUGUCGCAACCCCCAUGUUCCCGCGUACUCCCCUGGUGGCUCCACUGGUGGCGAGGGCGCUUUGUUGGCCCUUGGUGGUCGUAUCGGCAUUGGUUCGGAUGUUGCAGGCUCGGUGCGUGUGCCUGCUGCAUGGAGUGGAAUCUACUCGCUUCGCUGCAGCACGGGUCGCUGGCCCAAGGUCGGUGUCAAUACCAGCAUGCCUGGUCAGGAGGGUAUUCCCAGUGUGUUCAGCCCGAUGGCUCGCACACUGAACGACCUCACGUACUUCACCCGCGCCAUUAUCGGCAUGCAGCCAUGGAAGUAUGAUUAUUCUGUGCAUCCCAUCUCCUGGCGCGAGGAAUUGGAAGUCGAGGCGCAGACCAAAUCCCUGCGCAUUGGAUUGAUGAGCAGCGAUGGUGUCGUGCCCCCCACUCCGGCCAUUGAGCGUGCCGUUUCCACCACUGUCGCCGCACUCACCGAGGCCGGUCACACUGUGACAGAGAUCUCCCCACCCGCUAAUGCUAACCCAUUUACCGGCCUUAACCUGGCAUCCCAGCUUCUCAACUCGGACGGCUGCCAUCACUUCGAAUCCAAGCUGCGCAGUUUCGAGCCCUCUGACCCCGGUGCCAACCAACUUUCACGCAUCGCUCACCUGCCUCGUCCCCUUCGUUACCUUUACUAUCUGUACGUGCGGUACAUCCGGCGCGACACUGUCCUGGCCACUUUGAUCCGCGACUUCGGCCCCAAGUCUUCCGCCGAGCUGUGGCCACUGGUGGCCCAGCGUGAAGCCUUCCGCGCUACCUGGCAUAAGUGGUGGGACGCCGAGCCCCAGCGAUUCGACUUCAUCCUGUGCCCCGUCAAUGCCACCCCGGCCCUGCCGCACAAGGCGAUGCACGAUGCGGUCUCCUCCUGCGGAUACACUUUCCUCUGGAACUUACUGGACUACUCCGCUGGUGUACUGCCCGUAGGCCAUGUUGAUUCCAUCCGCGAUGCCCUUGUGGCUCCCUACAAAUCCGUCUUGAAGCGUCUGGGCUGCGACCAUGCAAUCGCACGCGGCGCCUGGAAGCACUAUGACUCGGCCAAGAUGGCGGGUCUGCCUACCGCGGUGCAGGUGGUGGGCCGUCGCUGGCAUGAAGAGCAGGUCCUGGGGUACAUGGUGGUUGUGGAAAAGGCGCUGGCCCAGUACCGGGACCCCCUGACUGGGGAAAGCAGCCAAUAUACCCUGUUGGAGCUGGACUGA